AAUUCAUUCCUUCUAAAUCAGUUUGUUUGUCUGCAGUAACUUACUAAGGAAGCAUGAAGGCUAAACAGAUUCAAGCGGUUCCAUCUGUAAGUAUGUUAGUUUUGUUUUGACAUAUCUCUGUAUAAAUGAAUGUUCUUGAGUGCAUAGAAAUGGUUUUAACUUUGAAAUUAAUAUGGUUACCAAAAAUGAUAUAUGACCACCUGCUCCUUCUAUUGUUAAAUCUUUUGUCAUUCUCUUUUUUUGUCAAAAAAAAAAAAAAAAAAGGUUUUAUGCAUGGUUAAGCAUUUUGUACAGAGUAAUGCAGGAGUAGUUUCGUGCAUGAUUGUGCCUGAGGUCCUUCAAAAAGAUAAUUAUAAAAGGUGGCGCAUUUUCAUGAAACACUAUUUAGAGGCUCAAGACCUUUGGGAUGUGGUCGUAUCAAGUGAGAUGCCUCCUGCUCAUGGAGAAGACCGAAAGAAGUGGAAUCAAAGAAAUGCUUUGGCUCUGCAUGGAAUUAAGAUUUCAUGUGGAGAAGAAUUGUUUGAUGAGAUUAAGGAGAUGAAUUCAGCAAAAGAUGCUUGGAAAGCAUUGGAUGAUUUGCAUAAACAACCAAGAGAUAACGGGAGCGAAUAUAUAGGAUUCAGGACUUUUAAAAGGGAACAAGCCAUAACAUUGCUCAAGGACAUAAAAAAGGGGGUUUCUGAUGAUGUAAAAAAACUCUUUGUAGAACAUCACGAUACUCUGUAUUUUGCAGCAUCAGAAGACCUUUCUGCAACAUUAGAAGACCGUUCCACUCUUCUUCAUGUUGCAAUUGCUGCUGGCCAGGUAAAGUUGGCUAAGGAACUGAUUGCGAUGAUGUUAAAAGAAGAGUUGGAAAUACAAAAUAAGCGCGGCCAGACAGCUCUCUCCUUGGCUGCUUGUAAGGGAAGUAGAAAGAUCGUAGAAUGUUUGGUUAAAAAGAACAAAAGAUUGCUUGAAAUACCAGAUUGUGAGAAGAAGAUCCCACUUGUGUUGGCCUGUGUCACAGAUCAUAAGUCUUUGACUCUUUAUCUUUAUUCGGUGACACCUAAUGAAAUUCUAGAUCCAAAAAAAGGCGACCAUGGAUUCUUCCUCCUCAAAGAGUGUAUAAGGAACCAUAUGUUUGAAAUUGGACUCGAUCUGCUGGACAAAUUUCCAGGUUUGACAUUUCACAAAAGCUCUUUGGAACCUACCCCUGUUAUUUUAGUGUUGGUCGAAAUACUAUCAUCAUUGUUUGCUGGGAACAAGCUUGUUUUAUUAGGGGAAGGACUUAUAUAUAGAUUUUGUCAAUGGUUACCAUAUAAUCUAAAGUAUGACCGAGCCAAAGCCCGUAAGAUGGUAAGUUUCAUAUGUGAUCAACUGUCAACUUUAGAAAGAGAGCAACUUAUUAGCAGUGGAGCAGUGGAAGCUACCUUCACUGCUAUCAAGCUUGGCUACCUUGACUUUGUAAAACAAAUUUCAGAAACUAAUCCUGAUAUAGUUUGGAGCCAUACUGAUCCCGAACACUCAAGAGACAUGUUAACGUAUGCUGUCGAACAUCGUCAAAAGGAAAUUGCCAACUUUCUUUAUAGACUCGAUCCAGCAAGGGUGAUAACGGGGUUUACCAUAUACAACGACCAAAACAAUAUGUUACAUCUGGCUGCAAAGUUAGCUCCCAGCUCUUCCCAUAAUCCGGUUCUUCAAAUGCAAAGUGAAGCAAGGUGGUUUCAGGAAGUUGAACGUAUAGUUUCAAGAUUUUAUAAAGAACAAAAAAAUGAAGAUGACGAAACACCUUUAGAAGUGUUCAGUAGAGAACACGAGAGUUUACUCAAAGAAGCUCAAAUAUGGGUGAAACAAACAGUAUAUUUUGCUGCAAUUAUAGGCACUCUUAUCAUUGGCAUUACGUUUGCAGCAGCUAUUACUUUUCCUGGUGGUAAUAAUGACCGGGAUGGCUCCCCUAACUUCUCUAAAAGAGCAUCUUUUAUGUCAUUCGUGCAAUCGGAUCUAGAUUCUUUAUAUUUUGCGUCUCUUUCAGUCUUGUUUUUUAGGCAUAUCCAUGACUCGAGUCUUACCAACGAAGAUUUCCUAACUGGACCCUUGUGGACCUUAACUUGUAAGUUGGCCUUCAGCUUCUAUCUCCUAUUCGGGUCCAUUGCAGCCAUGCUAAGUAGCUGUUUUGCUUCUGACAUGCUAAUUAGCUCAUCUUUUGCUUCUGCUUCUGUUAGACUUUUGCGUCCUCACAUUUCUACUUUGUCGAUCCGUAUUAUUUCUGCAGUUAUCCUUGGCUGUCCAUUUGUCUACUUUUUUCUAAAACACCUUCUCCCUCUUCUUAAUAUUUUAUUUUUCCGUAUUUUUCGAGAACAGAAAAUAAGGUUUCGACCUGUUUUCACAUUUAAUCUUUGAACAAGUCCACCAUCCUGUUUCAAUAUAUGCGUGGUUAAAUAUCAUCACUUCUUCCAGUGUACUAACACCUAAAUUCCGCGCGUUGCGUGGUCUCGUGUGCUUUUUUUUUUUUUUUUCUCUGGAUUUGGAUGUGCUCUAUGCCUCUAUGUUUAUUGUAAUAUUAUUAAUGUUAAAGUUUGCUUUGACAUUGAAUUUUAAUUUAAAUUCACAGGGCAGUGUAUCGAUAAUUUAAUAUAACUAUUAAUUGUUA